AGAAGGCCGACGCGGCAGCGAAGAUGGUGACGGCGACGAAGAAGGGCGCGGCGGUGCUGGAGCUGCACAUCCCCGACGACAUGAAGAAGUCCUGGCACGUCCUGCAACUGGGCCAUGGGGGUGGCGGGCGCUGGGGUGAUGAGAUCUACGACGCCACCUUGAACCAGACCAACCUCGGAGGCAACAACAACAAGUUCUUCAUCAUCCAGGCCUUAGAGUCUGAUGAUGGUGCAAGCUGGAUGGUCUACUGGAGAUAUGGGAGAGUAGGCCACCCAGGUCGGAGCGAGCUGCGCGGUCCCACAACACGGGACCAAGCGGUCAAUCUAUUUGCAUUCAAAUUUAAGGAUAAAACUGGCAAUGAUUGGUCCUAUCGCAAGCAACUCAGUUGUCGUCCAGACUACUACGCCUGGCUUGAAAUGGACUCUGGUAAAUGUGGCGAAGAAACGGGCGAGACUCAGAAGAAAGACUCCCUCGCCGAUCAGAUAAGAGAGACAAAGCUUGAGACUCGAACUGCGCGUUUCAUAUCCAUGAUCUGCCAUAUUAGCAUGAUGAAGCAGCAAAUGAUGGAAAUUGGUUAUAAUGCUGAAAAACUUCCUCUUGGAAAGAUAAGCAAAUCUACAAUACUUAAGGGUUACGAUGUUUUGAAGCGGAUCUCUAAUGCCCUUCCAAAGGCUGACCCGAUACAGCUGGAAGAAUUGACUGGGGAAUUCUACACCGUGAUUCCUCACGACUUUGGUUUCAAAAAGAUGCGUGAAUUUAUCAUUGACACUCCUGAGAAACUGAAAGCUAAGCUGGAAAUGGUUGAAGCCCUUGGUGAGAUUGAGAUUGCAACCAGGCUUCUGGAAGACGAUCAAAGCGAUCGGGACGAUCCUUUGUAUGCUCGAUACAAGCAGCUUCAUUGUGACUUUACACCUCUGGAAGUUGAUUCAGAAAAAUACUCCAUGAUAAAAACUUAUUUGACGAACACGCAUGCCAAAAGACAUUCGGGUUAUACGGUCGACAUAGAGCAGAUAUUUAAGGUGACAAGGCAGGGCGAAACAGAGCGGUUUCAGAAGUUCAUCAGCACAGGAAACAGGAUGCUUCUAUGGCAUGGCUCUCGGUUGACCAACUGGACCGGGAUAUUUUCUCGGGGUUUGCAAAUCGCUCCUCCUGAAGCGCCUAGCACCGGCUACAUGUUUGGGAAAGGGGUUUACUUUGCUGACAUGUUCUCCAAGAGUGCAACCUACUGCUAUCCUUCACAAGCAUCUAGAUCUGGAGUGCUGCUUCUAUGUGAGGUUUCGCUUGGCGAUAUGAACGAGCUACUAAAUGGUGAUAUAAAUGCUAAUAACCUGCCCGAGGGUAAAGUAAGCACGAAAGGGGUUGCGAAGACAGCGCCAGACAUGGCGGAGUCCAAGAUCACCGACGACGGCUUGGUUAUUCCGCUCGGGAAACCUAAGAAGGUGCAUGCAUUGCAGGGCGUCCUUUACUACAACGAGUACAUAGUGUACAACUUGGACCAGAUCAGGAUGCGGUACGCUCUACAAGUUUCCUUCAACUACAAGCAGUAG